GCCCGAGGCCCGCCCGGGAAUUAGUAGUUGUGGAGAGGCUGGAGUUGGCAUUGAGAGCGGCCAGUGCGUGGAAUUUAUUGCCUCAGAAGGCUGUGCAGGCCGCCAUUUGACAUAUUUAAAACAAGGGUGGAAAGAUUCUUAAAUAGUAAAGGUGUCAAAGGUUACGGAGUGGAGGUCUCUGGAUUUUUUUCUAACUGAAAAGGAGAAGUUGCUGACGUCAGCUGGAAUGAGAUUGUAACACAAGAAUAACUCCUGAGAGAACAUUAGCCUCCAAGGAGCUGAGAGGAGGCUUGCUCCAUUUUUUGGCAAUGUUUGCUCAAGGUGAUAAGGAGAUCAGGAAAGAGGCCAUGGUGAUAGCUGCUGAACUAUCCCAAGAGGAAAGUGCUAUCAUUAUGUUUCUGUGCACAGAUUUUGUUAAAGGCUACUCGGUGACUGGGGAAGUGAAAGAACUGUUUGAAAUUCUGAGCAAGCGGAAUCUGCUGAGGCUUGAUCUUCUGAGUGAACUGCUUUAUCAGAUAAGGAGGCUUGAUAUCCUGAAGAAAAUGAAGGUAGACCUAAUGCGUUUGGAGAAUAAUUUGAGAGCCGGUGAAGGAUACGUGUCUCCGUACAGACAACUGCUGGUGAACAUCAGUGAGGACCUCUCGCAAGAAGAUUUGAGAUCCGUCUUAUUUUUAUUGAGUUGUCAAAUUCCAAAAGGCCGCCUGGAAACAGUGAAGACUUUCUUAGAUUUGGUUGUUGAACUGGAGAAAUGUGGCAAAAUUGAUGAGAAUAAUUUGGCUGUGGUGGAAGAAUGCCUGACCAAUAUUCGGAGAAUCGAUCUGAAAAGGAAGAUCUCAAAACACAAGCAGAUGCGUGAAUGUAUAAGAAGGUCAGAUGCCUAUCAGAACGUCAUUCCUGUUUCUGUUCCCCAGCAGGAGUGUGGUCACAUUGAACAACCUUGGUUGAGCACUGUGCGGCCUGUGAUUACAACCCGGUUAUUGAGACAGUGUGCUCCCUCCAAUUGCCCAAGGUUAACAAUAGCCUUACCUGAGGAGCCUAAUGUGACAGAACUGAGCAGUCCAGUGCCUGAGUCAGCUCAGGCCACUGUUCCAAGAACAAGCUAUGUGGUACAGCAGGUAGCAGUAGGCACACAUGAGAACAGACUGGAAGCUUACAAGAUGCAGAGUAACCCAUUUGGCCUUUGUUUAAUCAUUGACUGUAUUGGAACUGAUGCAGAUCUGUUAAAGGAGACAUUUGAGGCACUAAAUUUCAAUGUCCUCCUCCAUCUCUACGUUGAACUGAACAAGAUUGAAAAGAUUUUGAAGGAAACAUCGGAGCGGGAUGACCUGGGUGCCCUUGACUGCUUUGUUUGCUGCAUUAUCAGCCGUGGCACGCAGGAUUGCAUUCUUGCAGUUGAUGGGAAUGAGCCUGGACUUCCCUUUAAGCAAAUCCAGCACUAUUUCAAAGGGCAGCAGUGCCGCUCCCUCGUGGGCAAACCUAGGCUCUUCUUUGUUCAGGAUUUCCUCAGAACUGCAGCUAAUGGCGAAUUGGAGCUGCCCAGUGCCCAGAGUAAUGGAGACCUAAUUCAAGUUGAUGGCAAUCACUGCGAGGAAUUAGUCCCUCAGGAAGCAGAUGUCCUGUGGUGUUGCUGCCAGGUUUCUCAGAGCCUGCUUCACCAAGCACCACAACAGCCAUCCUCCUUCAUGCGCACUCUGUCAGAGUAUCUGCGGAAAUAUCAACACAAGUCGGAUUUGAUUUCAAUACUUACCGAGGUGAAUAGGAAGACGAUGUUAAGAAAUGAGCAACUGAACCAACUGCAGGCCACGCCUCUCAUCCUGCAGCACACUCUGAGGAAGCAGCUCAUCUUUCCCUGACUGCCAUCGUAAACCUACAUACACUCUGUAGUCUGCAUUAGGAAAUAUAUUCAGGACCAGUGAUGAAAAUCUAUUAACAGUCCAUUAGCUGAACAACCUUUCCAACUUGUCUUAAAGCUGUGAUACCUGGGUACUUGGAGCAAGAGGGGUGAGGCACGUCCUCAUGUCCAAGAGAGAUACUUGUGUCAUUGUGGGCUCUCGACCAAAUGAGGGUGAUCUCAGCCAGUGAGGAAUGCAAGAGACUGGAGGGGUAUCAAAGCCAGCAGGAAGAUCCUGAUUGCUAAGAGAGGGGUCUAGGUGGAGGAAGUGGGCUUGGGCUCAGAGGCUUGGCACAGUACAGCAUUGGAUAGAGCUCAACAUGUGGGCUGGUAGGUUGAUAGCCCAGACUGAAUUGCUCCUGGUGUGUAGGUGACUGGUAGAAUGUGGCAGGGAAUGGAUGUGGAUGUGGGUAGUUGAGGUGACAGGGAAAGAUGAUGUGGGUAUGUGAAUGUAAUGUGAGCCACUGUAAACUCAGUGGGCCAUACGGGUGCCUCCUAUGUCAUAACUUAGGAAGGAAAUCAGGAGGGCUAAAAAAAGGCGGGAGGUUAUUUUAGCAGACAAGGCGAAGGGGUUCUACACAUAUGUUGAGAAUAAAAGGAUUGCAAGGGUCAAAAUUGGUCCUCUGGAAGAUUGGAACGAUAAUCUCUAUGUGAAGCCAAAUGAGAUGGGGGGAGUUCUUAAAUGGAUUUUUUUGCAUCAGUACUUACUUGGGAGAUGGACACAGAGUCUAUGGAAGUGAGGCAAAUCAACGGUGAGAUUAUGGACCCUGUACAGAUUACAGAGGAGGUGGUGUUUGCUGUUUUUAAAAAAAAAAAAAAUUAUUGAAUUUUCAAAUAGGUUACAAAAUAGAAGGAAAAAAAAUAUCAACCCUAACAUAUCCCUAUAUAUAAGAAAAAAGAAAGAAAGAAAGAGUGCCUGGAUAUCAGAAGAUCCCCACUUGUUCCAUGGAGUUCAAAUUAGCUGUGUGUGUGUAUGUAUGUAUGUAUAUGUAUAUGUGUGUGUGUGUAUAUAUAUAUUUCUUUCCCCAGAUGACCAAUAAUUUUAUCUUUGGAGCACCUAUAUAUUUAAUCCUAUCUUUUGUAAAUAAGGGCACCAAAUUUUCAGAAAUAUAUCAUAUUUAUUUCUUAAAUUAUAAGUAAUUUUUUCAAGUGGAAUGCAGCUGAAAAUUUCAUUCUUCCAACGAUCUAUACUUAAGUAUAAAUCUGAUUUCCAAGUAACUGCAAUAGCCUUUUUGGCUACUGCCAAUGCACUUUUUAUGAACUCUUUCUGAUAUUUGUUCAGUUUGGGUUUCGGUUUUAUCCCUUCAAUAUCACCUAGUAAGAAUAAUAUUGGAUUAUGUGGAAGCUAUGUUCCAAUAAUUUGUUCCAAUAAAACUCUUAAAUUUGUCCAAAAAGGUUGAAUUUUAAAACAAGACCAAGUAGAGUGUAAAAAAAGUACCAAUUUCUUGAUUACAUCGAAAACAUUGAUCAGAUAAAUUUGAGUUUAAUCUAUUUAUUUUUUAUGGUGUAAUAUAUAAUAAAUGUAAAAAGUUAUAUUGUAGGGAUCUUAGUCAAACAUUUAUUGUAUUUGUCAUACUGUCAAGACAUAAUCUUGACUGACUUGUUUCAUCAAUUUUAAUAUUCAAAUCAGUUUCCCAUUUUUGUCUUGACUUAUGAAUUUCUUGUUUAAUUACCUGUUUUUGAAUCAAAUUAUACAUACCAGAAAUAAUUCUUUUAAUUUUUCCUUUAUGAAUUAAAGUUUCUAUUUCAUUAGGUUUUGGCAAUAACAUUGUUUGACCCAGUUUAACUCUUAAAUAAGCCCUUAAUUGGAAGUAACAGAAAAGAGUGUUAUUUGAUAUUUUAUAUUUAUUCAUUAAUUGGUCAAAUGACAUUCAUAUACCUCCUUCAAAACAGCCCCCUAUAUAUCUAAUCCCUUUGUGAAACCAAUUAUAUAAAAGUUGAUUAUCCAUUGUAAAAGGAAUAAGUUUAUUUUGAGUUAAAGGUCUCUUUGCUAAUAAAGAUUUAUCUCAUCAUCAACAUUUAUCUUAUUCCAUAAAUCAAUCAAAUGUUUUAGUAUAGGAGAUUCUUUUCCUGUAUCCAUUUAGAUUCCCAAUUAUAUAUAAAAUCUUCUGGUAUAUUUUCUCCUAUUUUAUCUAAUUCUAUUCUAAUCCAUGCCGGUUUAUCUUCAUCAAAAAAAGAUGCAAUAAAUCUAAGUUGAUUUGCUUUGUAAUAAUUCUUAAAAUUUGGUAAUUGUAAUCCUCCUAGGUCAAAUUUCCAUGUCAAUUUUUCCAACUAUAUUCUUGACAUCUUACCUUUCCAAAGGAAUUUCCUCACACAUUUAUUUAACACUUGAAAAAACUUCUGCGGUAAUUGUAUUGGUAAUGUUUGGAAUAAAUAUUGUAAUGUAGGGAAUAUAUUCAUUUUUACAGCAUUGACUCUACCUAUUAAUGUUAUUGGUAACAUCAUGCAUUUAUCAAGAUCCUCUUGAAUUUUUUUCAUUAUUGGCAAAUAAUUUAGUUUAUCUAAAUUCUUUAUAUCAUUAUCCACUCUUAUACCUAAAUACUUUAUACCAUUUAUCAGCCAUCUAAAUUGAGUUAUUAAUUGACAUUGAUUAUAAUCUCCUUUAGUAAGGGGUAGAAUUUCACUUUUAUCCCAAUUUAUUUUGUACCCUGAUAUUUUCCCAUAUUCUUCCAAUCUAGAAGAUAAUUUACGCAAUGAAUGCAAUGGGUUAGUUAGAUAAAUCAGAACAUCAUCAGCAAAUAAGUUAAUCUUAUAUUCCAAAUAAAAAACACGAAAUGCUGGCAGAACUCAGCAGGCCAGACAGCAUCUAUGGGAGGAGGUAAUAACGAUGUUUCGGGCCAAAACCCUUCAUCAGGAGUGAAGUAACAUUGGAUGGUCGAGGGGGGAUAAGAAGUGGGGGGAGGGAUAAAUAAGAGAGCUGGGAAAUGGGCUAGGGGGAAGGUGGAGAAUUAUGGGAAAUAAAAGAUAAAGAAAGGUAGGGCAGGGGGGAGAGAUUAUAGUGAGGGGGGAAAAGAGGGAGAGAACCAGACUGAAAUAAUAGAUGGGGAUAGGGGUAUCAAUGGAGGUCAGUGAGUUGGAUGUUCAUGCUGGCAGGAAGGAGGCUACAUAGGCAGGAGAUAAGGUAUUGCUCCAUCGACCUGCGUGUGGCCUCAUCUUGAUGGUAGAGGAGGCCAUGGACAGACAUGUCGGAGUGAGAGCAGUCUGUGGAAUUGAAGUGUGUGGUCACAGGGAGAUUCAGCCACUGCUGGAGGACCGAGCACCGGUGUUCGGCGAAAUGGUCUCCAGUCUGCGGCGGGUCUCCCCAAUGUAUAAAUGGCCACAUUGGGAGCACCAGAUACAGUAUAUCACCCCAGCUGACUCGCAGGUGAAGUGGUGCCUCAACUGAAAGGACUGUCUGGGGCCUGGGAUGGUGGUGAGGGAAGAAGUGUGGGGGCAGGUGUAGCACUUCUUCCAUUAGCAGGGAUGAGUGCCCGGAGGGAGGUCCAUGGGGAGGGAUGGGGGGAAUGAAUGGACAAGGGAGUCGAGUCGGGAGCAAUCCCUGAGGAAAGCCGGGAGUGGGGGGGGAGGGGAAGAUGUGGUUGCUGGUGGGAUCACGUAGGAGGUGGCGGAAGUUACAGAGGAUUAUGCAUUGGAUCUGUAGGCUGGUAGGGUGAUAGGUGAGGACCAGGGGGACUCUAUCCCUGGUGGGCUGGCAGGGAGAUGGGGUGAGGGCAGAGAUGUGUGAAAUACAGGAGACAUGAUGGAGGGCAGAAUUGAUAAUGGAUGAAGGGAAGCCCCUUUAAAAAAGGAAGACCUCUCCUUUGUCCUAGAAUGAAAGGCCUCAUCCUGAGAGCAGAUGCGCAGAGGUGGAGGAAUUGACAGAAAGGGAUAGCAUUUUUGCAGGAGACAGGGUGGGAGGAGGAAUAGUCUAGGUAGCUGUGGGAGUUAAUAGGUUUGUAGUAGACGUCGGUGGAUAGGCUGUCUCCAGAGAUAGAAACAGAAAGAUCUAGAAAGGGGAGGGAGGUGUCGGAAAUAGACCAGGUGAAUUUGAGGGCGGGGUGAAAGUUGGAGGCGAAGUUAAUGAAGUCGACGAGCUCAGCAUGUGUGCAGCAAGCAGCACCGAUGCAGUCGUCGAUAUAACGCAAGAGGAGGACAGAUACCGGUGUAGGCUUGGAACAUAGAUUGCUCCACAUGGCCGAUAAAAAGGCAGGCAUAGCUAGGACCCAUGCAGGUGCCCAUGGCUACACCUUAGUUUGGAGGGAAGUGGGAGGAGCCAAAGGAGAAAUUGUUAAGGGUGAGGACUAAUUCCGUGAGGCGGAGAAGAGUGGGGGUAGAAGGUGACUGGCUGGGUCUGGAAUCCAGGAAGAAACUGAGAGCUUGGAGACUUUUCUGGUGGGGGAUAGAGGUAUAUAGGGACUGGACGUCCAUGGUGAAAAUGAGGCGGUGGGGGCCAGGAAAUCUUUGAAGAGACGUAAAGCAUAGGAAGUAUCACGGACAUAGGUGGGAAGGGAUUCAAUAAGGGGAGAUAAAACAGAGUCAAGAUGGGCAGAAAUGAGUUCAGUGGGACAGGAGCAAGCAGAGACAAUGGGUCUGCCUGGACAGGCUUAUAUUCCUCUUGAUUAACUCUGAAACCCAAAAUAUCUGAGUCAGUUCUAAUCAAUUCAGCUAAUGGUUCUAUUGCCAACACAAAUAAAGCAGGUGAUAAUGGACAACCUUGUCUAGUUGACCUUGUUAACUGAAAUGAUGUUGAGAUUUGGCCAUUUAUCACCACUUUAGCUUUGGGGUUAGUAUUUAAGAUUUUAAUACAUUUCCAAUACCUUAAAUAAAAAAUCCCAUUCCAAUCUAUCAAAUGCUUUUUCUGCAUUCAAAGCAACUGCCACACUCAUUUCUUCCCUCUUUUGUGCCAAAUGAAUUAUGCGAAGUAACCGAGUUCCAUUAUCUGCAGAUUGUCUAUUUUUAAUAAAUCCUGUUUGGUCCAUGUGUGUUAAUUUUGGUAAAUAUUUAGAUAAUCUAUUAGAUAAAAUCUUUGCUAUUAUUUUAUAGUCCGUGUUCAACAAAGAAAUAGGUCUAUAUGAUCAAACACGAGGGAAUCUGCAGAUGUGGAAAUUCAAACAAGACACAUAAAAUGCUGGUGGAACACAGCAGGCCAGGCA